UAACAUUUCUGAAUAGGCGUAUGUACAAAAAUGCUAGUUGGGAUACAGAAAACAAGGAGUGUACGCCUGGAGAAAUCCACUUCGAUUUUGAGUUGACGUAAGACGUGGGCAAAGCGUCAUACGUCUCCACCUAUACUUGUGCAAAAGAGGAAGAGUUUAGAGUGCUGCCCUCCCCUCACCAUCUGCAGGAGGAUCUCCCGACAGUCUGACAGAAGCUGUUGCAGUUUCAGAAGGCGGUGUCACACAGAACAGGAUUCUUUGAAGAUGUCAAGCUCUCUGGUUGUGUGCGAAGUGGAUGACAGUCUAAAAGAAAAACUGAAAAAGUUCAGAUUUCGAAAAGAAACCAACAAUGCAGCCAUACUAAUGAAAAUAGACAUGUUGAAACAACUUGUUAUCCUUGAAGAGGAAUUUGAGGAUAUCUCAUUGGAUGACCUGAGAAAUGAGCUUCCUGAGCGCCAGCCAAGAUAUAUUGCCUACAGCUACAAAUAUACCCAUGAUGAUGGAAGGGUGUCUUAUCCUCUCUGUUUCAUUUUCUCAAGCCCAAUGGGGUGUAAGCCAGAGCAGCAGAUGAUGUAUGCAGGCAGCAAGAAUCGACUGGUCCAAGCUGCAGAGCUCACAAAGGUCUUUGAAACAAGAAAUGCUGAUGAUCUGACAGAAGAAUGGCUCAAGAACCAGCUGGCAUUUUUUCGCUGAAACUGCAUCUCCAGCAAUUUUCAAACCAGGAUCAUCAAUUUGACUUCCUUUCUUGAUCAUUGUGACAUUAAAACAUUCACUGUUAGCAGCAGAUUUUUGCUUUCUAAGUCAGUUUAGAUGUGACCGGUAACUUGUUUUCCCCUAAUAUUUAAAUGUAGGAUUUCUGAAUGUUUCAGUAAGACCCAUUAAAAAAUAUUCACAAUAACUUAACUGACUUUAAAAUUCAAGAAAGUUAUAAUUUUAUCCACUGAAGUUGGAGUUUUCCAUGCAACUCCAGUGCUUUAGCUAACCUAUAGGUUGAUUAAUGUAGCACCUUCAGUGUAAACAUCUUAACUAUUGCUGGUGGUUUUCAGCCAAUUACUGAAAUCCCAGAUCUCAAGCCAAACCUUGUUAAAUUAUUUUUUUUUUCAUCACAAACUAGCUGGUGUUAACUAAUUAACAAGAAAGUUUGGAUUUUAUUUUCCAAAUAAAUUAAGUACUGCCCAACAUAGUUUACUGGUUUAGUGUGUAGCAAUGGCCCAGUUCCUUAGCCAGAACUACAGGACAUGGAAUGAAUGAAUGUACUAAAUGAACUAAAGGGAUCCUUAAAAAAAAUAAAGGGAGUUAAUAAAAGAAGCAAAAAAUGAACAAACAUUUACAUUUUAAAAAUCACUAAAGGUAAUUUUAGGCCAUGUAUAGGACAUGCAAGUUUAUUUAGGACUUUUCGAGCCCUAAAACUGAGGUACUUUCUUAAUAGUUUAUGAGAUCCAACAGAACUGAAUGUUACUGGACUAAUACUUUGGUAUAUAAAUUCAUCACAUUGUUUUUUAAAAUUAAUUAUUUCAUUGCAGUUAUUGAUAAUCUCAUAAAAUGUUGCAUCUAAUCUUCCCUACAGUUCAUUAAAUAAUUGAAAAUAAACCAAGUUUUUGACCAAAA